AUCUCCAGGUGACGGGUAGCAGCAUCGACAGCCCAGCGGGAAGAUGGCGGCCGCAAGUCGGCCCCCCUCUCAGCUGCUGGAACCUCUAUGAUCACCCACCCACUUCCCGACUUACACCUACACUGUGCUGAAGGUACUUGAAAGCAGGUGCAUUAGUGAGGGCAACACUCCCUAAGUGCUGUACUGGAGUGUCAGGUUUGAAUAUGCAAUUGAGUCCCUGAAAUGGGACUUGAGCCAAUAUGAAACUUCUGGAACUGGAUAUACAUGCUGCCAAUUAAUUUACUGCAGACAUACGCAUGGACAACUUAUUCAUGACAGUCAUUGAUGUUUUGUUACAAAAGGGCAAGUGGAUGGAUAAUUCGGUAGCUUUGAGGAAGAAGUUGAUGAAGAUUGAGGAAAGUUUGCGAAGCCCAAGAAUUGACUUAAACAGUUCCUGGUUAAACAACCAAUCUGAUGACUCUCCACAGCAAGAUCAUGUACCACCUUUAACAAUGGAAGAUCUCUUUCAGUCCAGUCCUAUAGUUCCUCAAAUCACCAACCGUCACCUGUCAACUGCUGAGAGAGUGCUUCCUCAAAAAAAUGUUUUUAGUAACAUUAAUCCAUCCAGCAGUUUUGGAGGCAGGACAUCUCAUUUGUCGGCUACAUCUGGUGUGGAGCAGGAAAAUGAACAAUUAUGGAAAAAGCUCAGUGCCCUACGCGAGGACAAUGUUCGUUUGGUCUCCCAGAAUCACAGUUUGGUGCGGGAAAUUGAAAGUAUACAAAUAGAGCUGACUGAAUCAAAAGUUAAAGUUUCUAAUCUUGGGCCAUCUAUUAAGGAAAAGACACAACGUAUUUCUCAGUUAAAUGGAGAUAUCCUAGAUUUAGAGGCAAUAAUAGAGUCUCAACAGGAAGCUCUCAGAGUUAUUGAAAACAAGUUGGAAGAGAGUCAAAGGAAGGUAGCUGAGAAAGACAAGCUGCUGGAAGAACUGUCAGAAGAAUGCAAAAGGAUAAAGGAAGAGCUUUAUGAACAAAGUAGAAGAGGAAGAAGAACUGAGCAACAAAGAAAUGAAGCCCUCAUUAAUGCUGAGGAGCUUACUGAAGCUUUCAAACGGUACAAGGAAAAGACUGCUGAAAAAAUUACUAUGUUUCAAGCUAAUGAAGAGAAUUGGCAAAACAGCUUGGAACACUGUGGCAAGGACAAAGAAGAGUUAUACGAGAAAUAUAUCACCUUCGAAAAAGAAUUAGAAAAAAAGAAUGAAGAAAUCAGGCUUUUAAAGCAACAGAACUACGAUCUGAAGGUGAUUCAAAGGGACGUGGAGGCUAAAAGUUCAGGGUUCUAUUCAGUUUUAUCUGAUGCGAACGAGAAGAUUCAAAUGUUGGAAAAUGAACUGGCUAAUAAAGAGACGAUUUUGAAAGAUCAGGAAGGCCUGAGACUAGAGAAUGCGGAACUAAGAUUACUCACAGCUUCCCAAAAUGAAAAGUUGCUUCAGUUCAGUAAAGAGCUUGAGAGCACUAAAUUGGAGGUGAAGAACUUGGAGUCACUUCUGCAACUGCAUCGGACAGUAAAUAAAGAGAGUGAAAGUGGUGUAUUCAGUGCAGGGAUAAUAAACUGCAGUGAUGUCUUUAAAAUGAGAAAGGAAAAUGAAAUGAAAGGCUCCAAAUUAAGUGCUGAUUCCCUUUCUGCAGACCCAAGACUGAAAUUAGGAAUGAAAGAUGGUGAAAUUCAGAAGCUGGAAUCUAGUCUGAUCAACAGCAAAGUCUCAAAGCCGCAAUAUUCUAAUGUUUUUGAUGUAAGUGGAGAUUCACUGGAUAGAAUGAGCCCAGAUCUAUCCUCAAGCAGAAAAAGGAAUGCUGAGAUAAAGACCCUGGAACAGCAUUUAGAAGAAGAACAAUGUAAACAAAAGGAAUUUGAAGAACUGCAGACAGAAUUAUUAGAAGCAGAAUCUAGAAUAUCAACAUUGGAGACUCAGAUUACUGAGCAGAUAAUCAACUGUCAGGACUUGGAAGAGCAACUCUUGGAAAAAGAAAAUGGCAUGGAGAAGAUAGAACAGGAGCUAAGAAAAACAAAGUCACAGCUUUCUACAGUGGAGAAACAACUGGAGGAGAAAACUAUAGCUUACUCGGCCAAAGCCGUGAAAAUUGUUGAAUAUGAACAAGCAUUUGCGGAAAAAAAUAAUGAAAUUGCCAAAUUGGAGAAAUUAAUUGAAAAGCAACAAGAAGAAAAUAUUGCUGCUAGAGAACAGACCAGGAAAAUACAGUCUGAGCAGUGUCAUGAACUGGAAAAGCAGAUUGAAUUACUCAAAAGAGAACUGGAAGAGGAACAAGCACAGAUGAUAAAACAAAAGAAAACAAUCUCAACUUUUCAGGAAGACAUCUAUGCCAAGGAAAGCAGAAUUCAAUCAUUGGAAUUUCUACUUGAAGAAACCAGGCAGGAAUCAAAGCAGCAAAAUGAAAGACAUGAUGCAGCAUUAAAAACCUUGCAAACUCAAGUAGAAGAAGAAACCACCAAAGUUAAAGAACUGGAAACUGCACUGGCGAAGUGCAAUGAGGAACUAAAAAUGCAACUGCAGCAAGUUGAUAAAAACAGGGAGCAACAAGAGAAAAGGUUGAGAAAAAAAUCAGAAGAGGUACAUUGCCUCCAGAAAGAACUGAAGGUGUCUGCACACAACUUAAAAGAAGCAAAUGAGCAGAAUAUUCAGCAGCAGCAGACACUGCAGCACUACCAACAAAUGUUACAGCAAGGGACAGCUAGGAUUGGAGACUUAGAAGACCACCAGGCAGAUCUACAGGGAGAGGUUUCUAAACUGGAGCAAGAGUUAUUGAAACAGAAGAUAACAUUUACAGAUGAGCUGACCAAAGCAGAAGACAAGCUUUUCAAGGCCUAUGGAGAACAGGAUUCCAAACAUCAGCAGGUGUCUGAACUUUGUAGUGCUCUGAAAGACACAAAGACAGAAAUGGAAACAUACAAAGAUAAGGUUACCAUAUUGGAAAAUGAACUUUUUCAACUAAGGCAAGAUAUUGCAAACAAGGAUGUUUAUCUUAACCAGCUAGAAGAGACUCUGCAUAAUGCACAGACAGAACUGAACAAGAAAUCUAAACAAGUUCAUGAACUGGAGGAAAAUCUGCACCAAACAGAGUCAGACUGUAGGAAUUCAGUGCAGAAAGCUCUGGAGAUGGACAGUCAAUUAAAGAACAUGUAUAAAGAAUUACAAGACACUUUAACUCAGUUUAAGGAGCUUCGAGAUGUAUUUCAAAAGGCUCAGAACAGCAUUGAAGGAAAGGAUUGCACCAUUGAAGAGCUAACAAAUGAACUGAGACAAUGCAAAAGUGAAUUGCAAGAGAAAGAUGCAAACAUCAUUGAUAUGGACCAAGCACUUAAAGACAGGCAAUGGGAGCUUCAGCAAAGAGCGGCUCUGCUUACAAAAUUGGAUAUGAAUGUUCAAGAACACAAAACUGAGAUGGAACAGAAGAUUAUUCAUUUACAAGCUUCUUUAGAGAAAGCAGAAUUGAGCAUUAAGGAACGGAAUAAACAGGUGGGAACUUUGGAUGAAAAGCUACAGUCAACACAAGAACAGCUCUGUGAGAAAGACUUUGAACUACUACAGAAGGAACAGCAAAUUAAUCAUCUGAAAAGUGAAGUUGAAGUAAAACAUUUACAGAUUGAGGAAUUCAAGCAGAUUCUGACAAGUAAGGAGCAGUGCAUCAUAAAGCAACGGCAGGAAGUAUUGGGUGAAAGUCAAAAAGUGCGCUUAGCUCAUCAGCAAAUGCAACACUGUCAUUUGGAAUUGAAGGAGGCUCGACAACGGCUGGCACAGAUACAAAAGGAAGCAGACCGCUUAACUCUUGAGUUGGAUCAAGCUAUUCAACGAUCUCAUGAAAAGGAAGUGCAUGCUGCUCACCUUGCAGAAGACUUGUCUGCUGCUCAAGCUCGAGAAACUCAAUUAGAGUUCAAGAUGCAGGCAGAGAUAAAGAAGUUAAAAGAAUUUGUGGAACACUUAAUGAAUGCUCACGAAGAAGAGGUCAAAGUGCUGAAAGAAAGCAUACCACAGUUAAUAGCAUCUACUGAGGAGUGCUCUGCUACCCAUAUCUCAAAUGAACAGCUGCUACAAUUGAAGCAGGAGCUGGAAAAAAGCCAAGAAACAAUCCUACGACUUGAGUCAGAGCUCCACUUUCAAAGGGAGGUGAUAAGUGCUACUCAAGAAGCUCUCAUAAUUAAGGAAUCUGAAGUAACAAGGCUGCAAGUCAAAAUUUCUGGAUUUGAACGAGCCAAGGGAAAACAGCAGGCACCUUCUCCCAUGCUACACCUUCAGAAUGAAGCUGAGAAUAGAAAAAACUUUACAGGGAAAGCAAGGAGUUUCUACCCUUUUGCCGAAAAUAUGAAUAUAUCUUUUAGUGUUAAUGAUAUGUAUGGGAUUGAUAUUGGUUCAGCAUUAAAUUCCAUGCAUCACUCUAACAGGAUUCGAGAAGGUCUUGAACAAUCUUUCAACCCCAGAUACAUCAGCUUACAAGAUACUAAGGAUGUUUCCAAUCAGGGUGCUGCUUUACUCUCUAGCUCUCCAAAAGAAGAAACUGAAGAAAAUUUGGAACUCACUAAGCUGGCUAGCAAGAGUAACUUGGAAACUUUAAGUGCAAUGUCCAGUGAUUUUACUGCUAUGGAGCAAUAUAAUACAAAGCUGGGCUGUCCAACUGACAAGUCAUCUGGAUUGUCUGGCGAACAUGUUAAAUCAAGAUUAAAAGAAUGUUCAGCAGGAAAGCUUCAGAUUCCAAAUGCGGAGAAUGCCCACUGUCUUAAUGAUUCCGACUUACAAGAACCAAGUCAUUCUUCCCUGCCAAUGAAAUAUGCUGAAAAGUGUCAUUUUCUUCAACUGUGUAUGAAUGACUUUUCUGAAGAAUCUGAACAUGAUCAGUCACAAAAGUGAAUCAACUACAGGAUGAAGAUACAAUUAGAAACCAGUGGCAUUCAUAUGAGAUACUGUAUGCAGCAAUGUUGGGAAUGCAUUGACUUUAUGCCAAGCAGAGCUCUGGCAAUAAAUCUUCUCUAAUUUCAUAGUGCCAUGCAGGUAACUUAUUGUGUAAGUGACUUUUUUAUGUUGGUGGGAAUUUGCUUUUAGAGAAAUAACAGGUGUAUUUCAUUGAAAUAUUUUAAUUUUUCUAUGUAAAAUAAACUCUCUAUUGCUGAA